ACUAAUUACAAACAAUAUCGAUUUUAUUACUUCUAAAUAAAGGAUUAAUUUCGUUACUGUCCGAGUAAUGGCUCUAACGUUGUCAUGAGAAGUGACGGCGGCACAGUGAGGUGUAACGGUGCCUGAAGUUGUGGUUGUGCGGCAGGGACUCAUUCCACACACACACACACACACAGGCGAGGGGAAGGAGAGGGAGCGCGCUAUGGUUAUUUCUCCCAGGCUCCGAUCGAGCCCGUGUAGUCUAUAGAGCUGGGAUGUCCUCUCAUUCGCUGUUGUUAGGGAAAUGGACGGUUCGGAUGGAUCCGUGGACCGAUCUGAAUCCUCCGCUCGUCCCCUCAUCAGCCUGUCUUUCACCGUGUGACUGUGUGUUUACAGGAAUCACUGCGAACAACGUGACUCGCCAGCGCCAGCUCUGCACCAGCCGGACCCGGGUCCAGUGGGGCUGCAGCUGAAGAGCUGAGGAUCUGAGUGGCAGCUGGUACACCGCCAAGGGAGGGGAGGGAGCCGGCUGGGCAUCAGGGUCGACGAGCUUGGCUGGGUGAAUGCUGCCCUGCAAAGACGAGGGCUGAGGUGUCAGCAUCACUGACUUUACAAAGAGCAUGGCAUCCACGGGCAUGCAGAUUUUUGGAUUUGUCCUAGCACUGUUGGGGAUAAUGGGUGCGAUGGUGGCCACUCUGCUGCCCAACUGGAAGGUCAGUGCUGAUGUGGGGUCUAACAUCAUUACAGCAAUCUCACAGAUGCAGGGACUGUGGAUGGACUGUACAUGGUACAGCACAGGUAUGUUCAGCUGCACACUUAAGUAUUCUGUGCUUUCACUACCUGCAUACUUGCAGACUGCCCGCACCACCAUGGUGCUGUGCUGCGUACUGGCUGCCUUGGGCCUCUGCCUUGCAUCCCUGGGACUAAAGUGCACACGUUGGGGAGGUGGACGGCAAUCCAAGAGACAUGCGGCGAUUGCCAGUGGUGGCUGCUUUGUUGCUGCAGGCUUUCUCUGUCUGGUGCCUGCUUCUUGGUUUACCAACGAGGUCAUCACCAACUUCCUGGACUCCAGUGUGCCCGAGAGCAAUAAAUUUGAACCCGGGGGUGCUGUAUACGUGGCCUUUGUUUCGGCAGGAUUCCUCUUUGUUGGGGGAUUCAUCUUCUGUAUGUCCUGCUCGGGGAAGAGGCAUGGCCCACAGGACCUGGUCCUGCUCCCUCCCCCUGACAAAUUGCUGCUCCAGCAGCAACAGCAACAGCUGCUCCAGCAGCAGCAGCAGCAGCAAGACCUCCAGCACCAGUACUGCUCUCUCUCACCAUUAGACAAUAAGACUGGCUACAGCCUGCAGGACUAUGUGUAAUAGAGCAGCACUGUGUACGCUACAGCUACAGGGAGAUGAGCCUGAGGGGAACCCAUCACAGCUUUUGCUACUCACUAGGCUCUACUCCAGAUGGAGGCGGAGAGAAAAUGAGGGAGGAGGGCAAUAGUUUUGAAUUCAUUUUUCUCCUUUCCUCUAUCAAGCUCUUUGCUUUUUUUCUGUUUUGCAAGCACAAGCGGUGGAGGUAUUCCCUAAGCAGCGCCUUGGAAUAAACAUUUUGAAUGUAUAAGGAGCCCGGAUAAGGUGCUGCAGAAUAGAAAGAAGCCCCCUAACCAAAUGCAGACAUGCUUCAUCAGUGAAAUCACAGAAAGUACUCCCUGGGGAAUGGACUAAGCAAAUAAGGAGGACUUCCAUGUAGAUUUCUUUUCCUUGCCAAAGGUUUGAAAUGAAAUAAAAUAAAAAAAAAAACAAAGGCAAUCAUUUGGCUGCUAUUUACAAUCGUUUGGUACACUCCCAUUUGACAAAACAGGCAAUACGGUAUAAUGUUUGAGUGCAGAGGAAGCCCUUUCAUAGAAAGCCAUCCUAGUUUUUUGUAUACUUAGCCACUAGAAUGCUAUGUGGAUUUGAUUGAAAUAAUGGUCCUAUUUUUGUUAGUCACUAGAAUCAUGUUGAUAUUUUGCCUUUAAAAGCAUGCUGUGUGGAGCCUGCCUGUGUAUUAAUACAGCGGAAUGCCUGAUAGAAGACUGAGACAUUAGCCACACAAUGCCUGUGCCUGAAAAGCUGUAGAAACAUUACCCUGCUGUAACUGUUCAAAGAGGACUGUCAGGAGGAGUAGAUGUGGGCUGCUGAGCUGGAUGUGAGGCAGAAAAUGCAAACAAACAGAGGAACAGAGGCAUACUUGUCUCACUGCAGGUGGAAAUGAUGAGAGAUUUGGAGAGAAGCUCAAACCCUCAGCAGAGAGGACCAUCUAAAUGCUGCUUUCAUAUUUCCAUCUAGACAAAAACAUUCUGCUUUGUAAGUAGUGGCUACCCAUCCUGAUUUCUUCCUGCACAUCCUCACAUAUGCACGCCCACACCGUUACACAUGCUCUUGUGCAUGUUCAUGUGUACAGUAAACAUUCAGACACGCUGGCUUUUCGAAUGUGCUUUUCACUCCUGUCAUCCUCCUCCACACUGCCAUGGAAACUGAAAUCAGCAUUCAAAUGUCUUCAUUGUCUGAGGACAUGUGCAUGUCAGUCAGUGAUCUGAAGUUGCUCGGGGAGGGCAUCUCCUUCUUUCACCAUGGCUCUGCAAGCUUUAAUCAGAGCCUCUGCUCACACUACUUUCACUAAUCCUUUUUAUUAGCCGGCGACAGGAGGCAGCAACCCUGUUACGUAGCCCGCUGCUGUGGUGUCUAUACCAUACAAGAAGUCUCACAGGGAUGAAGAGAUGUUUAAUGGUGCACUGGCAGAGAGUCAAGAAUGAAACAAAGCAAGAAGCUUCUUGAGUCAUGGUCGACUAGAUGGCUGUGUAGCAGGCAGCUAAAAAAGGUUUGAGUCAUUCUCCAUAUGUGACUUGUUUUCCAAGUGCGUCAGCAGUGCGCGUAUUGCUACCAGUGUGCACCUGCAGAAGGUCUCUGUCUUAAAUUGCAGUCACUUGCCUAUGCCAGCGUUCCUGUUUGCUUCUUGUUAGUCUAAUCUUUUAUGUCCACCUCCUCUGUCCUGCUUGUGUCACAUGGAUUUGACAGCUGACAAAAGAACACUGAUGUGUGAUGAAAGUGCGGUUUCCCCACACAAAAAACACACCAGGCACACUUAAGCAAAACUCCCACCUACUCAUGUCAGUAGCGCUGAUAUGCUUUUUUUUUUUUUUAAAUCACAAUCCAUGUUCCAAAGUGUCUCCUUUUUUCUGAGAAAAGGAAAUCAGAGCAAUACUGCUUUUGUGCUUGAGACAGGUCUUAGCAAUGAUGUACAGAAGUGCACAGUCCCUCCCUCUCUCUCAUAAACAUGCAGCUUCCUAGGGGGAGAGCAGAUGGCUAAGCUCAGCUUGCCACCUGCUGGCUACUGCCAGCACACCAUGACCAUCUCUGUAGGCACCACUGCAGGCCCUGGCAGCCCUUAAGAGCCAGGUGUCUCCCACACCCUGACUUAGCCAUCCUGCCCAGCACAGACAUAAGCUGACACAACUGGUCUCCUGACAAUAACUCAUUGCCCAAGCACCAUGACCAAUGCAAUAAACAAAGUAAAGAAUGUGCCAUGUCAUCAGUUAAUACUGACACACGAUGUGUUUCGAGAAUGUGCCAAAAUCGUCUCAUGAUGACAUGUUUUAAUACUGUCUGGAGUUCUGUUUAUUUUUUUAUUGUGUCGUUUGUACAUGGAUUAUACAUUAGCAAAAGUUUUAUGGAUUUAUGAUUUGUUCUGCCAGACUAAAGCUCAAGUCAGCUAGAUGCUUGUGUACAGUCCAGUGCAGCUUUCGAGGAUUAUUUUAAAUCCUCUUUAUUCCUCAUUUCACAAAGCACAGCAAGACUGCACUGGACAUGAGGAUUUCAUUUGAGAAGGGUAGUAUA